GGGAAAUGAAGUUUCAAGCAACUUAGCGACAGUUACUAACAACUCAAGUUUCAGCUCUCCACAAGGAAAAUUCUACUGAGAAUACGACCCGGGUUUUCACUUUUUUUUUUAAUCGGAGUACUGUGUAAACAUGUCCAGGGGAAGAGCAACCAGAAGUGGCCGCUCAGACAGUAGUGAUGUAGAUGCUGAUGGUACAGAAUUAGAGAAAUCUAAGCUGCUGAGACACUACCGGAUCUUGGAUGCAGACAGACAAGCCUACAGCAUUCAGGCCCGGCAGCAAAUGCGCAAACAACAGCAGGAGAUAGAGAAGCUGACUGCCGAGCAGGAGGAGCUUCGGCAUAAGCUUGGUGCUUAUAAGAGCUUGUCCCGUCAAAAGAAGGACAAAAGGGAUGCAGAGAGCCUUCAAGUGCUGCUGGAGCAGAGAGACCUCCUGGAGGGGGAGCUGGAGAAGGAAAUGCAACAUCAAAAAGAGCUGCAAAAAGAGAUUUCAAACAUGGAGUUUAAGCUGAAAGAGCUGAGGAAAGGGAAUGCCAACACAAGUGACACCCAAAGGUCUGCCCACAGGCGGAAUCAGGAGGCCAUACGCACAAUGGAGAACAAACUGCAAGGAGCCUUAACCCGAUUUAAUGAGCAGCUGACCAAGAACAGCCACCUCCGGGAGGAGCUGCAGACUCUUCAUAUUGAGCGUGUUCGUUUCCAGCGGCUGCAAGACAGGCUGAUCCAGGAGCUCCAGGAUGUCAGGAAGAAGACUGGUCAAGCAAUCAAUCUGUCGACUGCAGCUCACGAUGCAAGAGUGGAGGCUCAGUCCAAGUUGGCGAUGAUGCGAGAGAAAGCAGAGAAGGAGCUUGCCCAGUACAACACAGAGAUGAGGGAGCUGGAGAGGGUUAUUUCACAUGAGUCUGGCCUCAGAGACUUUAUCACCACCAAAUACAAUGAGAAGAUGGGCCAGGAUGUGACAGAGCAAGUCUUAGGUCUGCAGGAGCAGGGAACUAAAGACUUGAGUGAGGAGUCGCCAGACGACUUGGAGGCGUUUUUCCAGAGAAUUCAGUCUGUGACAGGAGAGGCUGACCCAGAAUUGCUUGUCAGCAGUUUCAUCCAAGGUGAAGACCGUAACUUUGCACUUUUCAACUUUGUAAAUGAGCAAAACAAUGAAGCUGAGGUUCUGCGGGAUCAAAUCAGCCAGAUCCAGAGAGAGAUGGAGCAAUUUCAAAUGAGAGGUUUGCGACAAGAGCAGGACCAUCACGCUUCGCUGAGGGACAUCGAUGCACGGCAGAAAGACGCCGAGUCGCAAACUGAGGACUUUGAAAACCGUGCUGCCGUCUUAAGCAAAGUGCUGGAGGAGGUUAAAACAGGAGUGAGCUGUAUUGUCUCUAAAGUGGAGUGUGACAUGGAGGACUCCAUCAGUGACACCAAUAUUAUGCCCUACUUGGGUUUGGUGGAGCAGAAGACCAACCAGCUCCUCACCAUACAGGCAUUCCUCGAUAACAAGGAAACUGGCAAAGACUACCACCCAUCCAAUCCCAAUCUGCCCAAAUUUCUUUUUGGCCAAAACCCAAAGACACUCCAGGAGAAUAUUACCAUUCAACCUUCAGUCCAGAGUGUGGAUUGUGACCCGGACGACUUGCUUGUCGCGGAUGAGGAAGAGCGGCCGCUCUCUCAGGGGGAACUCCGCAGAAGAAUAUUGGAAGGGGUUACGCAAAGAGAGAAUUCAGGCUUGAAGUUGGCAACAAAAAUCUUCAAAACGAGUCCACGGAUUCAAGAGGAAACAGUGACGGCACAGAUCUGAGUGGUAGAUCCCUAUGUCAGGUCUGAUGAAGAGGUCAUUUCUAAUGUAGCUUGUAUACCAGGGGUGUCUGGAAUGCUCAAGAACAGAAUUGGAUUCCACAAACGUAUUCAGAGAUAAGAGUUGAUAACAAAUAUUUAUUAACAGAACACCAGACUGGUUAUAGGCAGCUGGUUAACGCGGGAGAUUGGUGACAGGUGCGCCUGCUGGAGGGAAACGCGCUUCUCUCCAGUGGGAGCUGAAAUAUAAAACAGAACCAUGACAGACACCUGAUUUGAUUUCGUGGGCCGGAUCUGGCCCCCGGGCCAUGGGUUUGACACUCUGUUGUACACGUGCAGUACACACAAAAAGUUAGUGAUCUUUGGCUUGCGCGUGAACUUUCAGGAUGAACCUAUUGUAACAACAGAAAUUGAGAGUGACUGGAAGUGUCACAGAAAGAAAUACAAGCGGACAUUCUUGAAGAUCUUCACGCAUCCAUUACCUGCUCUGAAGUUUGCCAUUCAGCUCCUUGUUUGAUAGUUGUGAUAUAAGCACUGAAGCAUUGAACAGCAUUCAAAAGUUUAGAGAGGGUCAAAUGAAGCUAACUAUAAAAGUAAUAGUGCAUUUUAGCUUUCUCCUGAAAUUUCACCUGAAAAUCUCAAUAUCCCUAACUUUUGACAAGUAGUGUCGACACUCAAAGUAUAAUUUUCGUACUUUUUUUUU